AUGUUUUUCACAAUCAGAUACAUGUGUUUAUUAUCAAUAUUACUGUUAAAUUGUUUGCUCAUCAGUGUUAAGGCUCAGUACGAUGAUUGCGAUCGGUUUCAAGUGUCGGUACCCAAUGUUACUGUAAUCUCAAAGACGGAUCUGUUGGUCACCGGUGAUGACUAUAUUGACAUUAAGGUAAACCACGCGCUACGGCUCAAGUGUGAGGGCAGUGAACCAGUUGUUUGGAUACUUCCUAAUUCACAGCCGACAGUUCAAGGAUUAAUUCCUAUGUAUGGCAGCAGUAUUUUCCCGACAAACCCACCAGAGUUUGUUAAAAUUGAGACAAUAAUUGUCGGCAAUCGACAUAUUAGCCAACUGACCAUCGAUGAGACAGUUGUAGAGGAUGUCGGUUAUUAUUCAUGUCAUUAUAAUACUUCAUUAGUCAAAUACAGUCACCGUUUGGUCCACAAUAAGACAAAUUCAAUAUAUGUUUUUGUCACCGAUCCACACAAUUUAUUUGUUGGUCAUUUGGUACUUUAUCCAAUAUUACCGGCCAUUAAUAACAGUGCACUUGUCAUACCGUGUCGACCGUCCAGUUCAUUAUCAGAAGUAACCCUUUGGACUCCACCUAAUGAUCAUUUUUCAGGCAUUUAUAACAUAAUGCCAGUUAAUGAUAGCACUGGUGUUUCAUAUGAUCCAAAAACAGGAUUUCAUGUAAAACUAAUUCAUAGAGAAAGAUAUAGAUGUAUGGCUAAACUUAACAAUACUACAGUUAGCUUACUAAACAUAACUCUACAUUUUGUUUGCGGUAUAACCCACGACCCGUUGUUGGAGGAGUCAAGUGUUAGGUAUGUGUUUGUUGGCGACAAUUACACAAUAAAAUGUAGUAUAAGAGUAUCGGAUUCGUGUCUGACUGACCUCAAGUGGAACCUUAAUGAUGUCUGUACUCAGGAUUGGAGGGAUAGGCUUACGGCAAAUCAAUAUAAAGAUUUAAUUACUUUCGGUAUAAUUGAAUUGACCGAUGAGAUCACUAUAACCAAUGCUACUCAUACUGAUUGGGGAAUCUAUACGUGUGAAGCACAUGAUUUGGCCGGUAAUAUACAGAAAGUGUCUAAAUUGAUAAAAAUCUAUGACGCACCUAAACUUGAAAUCCAAUCGCACUCUAUGGGGGAGAUUAUAUGUGGAGAUAGGUUGACAUUAUAUGUGAAUCUAGAGUCAGUACCCAAUGAUAUAAAUGCUGUCGACAUUAAAUGGUUUAAAAACGGCGAACUCAUAACCAAUAGUUCCAGCGCUCGUAUAUCUCGUGAUACACCAGAAUUGGCAACAAUUACUUUAACUAAUAUCAAGGAAAGUGAUUCAGGAAACUACACCAUUGAAGCAAACUUAUUGAACAUAUUGUAUCAAAACACGACUAUUGAUUUAGUGAUUUAUUGUGAUAAUACACCAUUUCUAACAAUUUUACUUAUAAUUAUUACGGGUACCUGUUUUCUUGCAUUAGCAUUUAUCAUUGGCAACAAAAUUAGACUUUACCGGCGUGAAAAAAGAGAAUUGGAAUAUUUAAGUUAUAAUUUAUUUAGCCGGGGUCAAAUUGAUUUAAUUAAUCCAGAUUUACCACUGGAUGAACAAAUAGAUUUGUUGCCAUACGAUUCCAGAUGUGAGUUUCCCAUUGAUAAUCUUGAAUUUGGUCAGAUUCUUGGACAGGGAGCUUUUGGUAGAGUGAUUAGAGCUGAGGCUAUCGGUAUCCUUGAGCUGACCGAUGGUGGUAACGGUAAUCAAAAGAAAACGACAAAAUCAACUACAGUUGCCGUCAAAACAUUGAAAGAGUGCGCAGAUAUGGGCCAAAGGAAAGCACUAUUAGCUGAGCUUAAGAUACUGAUACACAUAGGAAAGCAUAUCAAUAUAGUGAACCUGUUGGGCGCUGUGACCAAAAAUUUGGUUAAAGGGGAACUACUGGUCAUUGUUGAGUAUUGCAAGUUUGGUAAUAUCAGGUCUUUUCUGUUGUCUCAUCGCAUGUGUUUUGUGGACCAAUUGGACAAAGAAAGUGAUAUAAUUGAUAACACAAUUAUAAGUAAUGAACAACGACUUAGCGAUAGUACCGAUAAUUACCGAAAUAGCGUUUAUCCUAACGCUUCACAUGAAUAUAAAAAUGUUAUCUCAUUUAAUGAAAUGGGAUUAGUUGUGGGCAAUAACGUGACGACAAGUGAUUUAAUUAGUUAUGCUUUUCAAUGCGCUAAAGGAAUGGAGUAUUUAUCAUCAAAAAGGCUCAUACAUCGAGAUCUGGCGGCCAGAAAUGUGUUGCUAACCGGACAACAUAUUGUUAAGAUCUGCGACUUUGGUUUGGCUCGAGAUUGCUAUGGAUAUGACAGCUAUGUUAAGAAAGGCGACGGACCCCUACCUAUCAAAUGGAUGGCAAUAGAGUCGAUGCGCGACAAAGUCUAUAAUGAAAAGUCUGAUGUUUGGUCUUUUGGUGUCUUCAUGUGGGAAAUCUUCACAUUGGGAUCCAAUCCUUACCCGGGAUUUGAAAUUGACGAACAUUUCUAUAAACGAUUGGUUGAUGGAUAUCGUAUGGAAAGACCAGACUAUUCUCCGCUUAAAAUUUAUACAUUAAUGAAAAACUGUUGGGAGUUUGAGCCAAAAGGAAGGCCUGAUUUUACAUCACUUUCUAAUGAUUUAAAACAAAUGAUGAGUGAAAUUCACUUAAAGAUUUAUGAAAAUCUUGUUCAAAGCUAUAGCAGUGAUAGUAAUUGCGAAGACUCGGAACGUAUGGAUGAAUACCUGCCAAUGGGUGAGAAUAACCAAAAUUUUGGCGCAAUAAACGUGCAAACAGUUGGGGACAGUUAUGUAGAUAUGUCGUCCAGUGGCGAGAAAGCAGUUACAGUUAAGUUUAUGACUACAGUUGUCAACAAUUGCAAUUACAAUGACACCAAUAUCUUCACCAAUGAUAACGCAAAUAAUGGUUUUGUUAGCCCUAUUGAGGACAGUAGUUACGAGUACGAUGAUGUAAAAAAUGUGCGGUCAAUAUAUGUGAACACACCGAUGCCAAAAGAGCCCAUGGAGUGGGUGCCUAUGAUUCAGCUCUAG